CGAAUCGUCCUGGAAAUUAAAAAAAAACAAUCGGGAUACGGGUAGUGAUCACUUUUUGUGCGAAGAACAGCUUCCUUGAUCAUGAAGAUCAGAACCACAGAAACGCGUGUUGGGUCAUUGGAUUAUUGGGUCUAGGAGAUUUCGUUGUUCGAGAAGGGAAUGGCGAAGGGUGUAGGGUGAAGGGCGGUAUGCUGAAGAAUAUGGCGAUGCGACCCUUUUGUUGUGAGAGAUGAGAUGUUUACGGUGCUCCGCGAGUUGUACAACUUUGCGAUAAACGUGUCGCCACCUGUCCCGCCCGUUAUCAGCUGUUCGUAGUGCGAGUACCUGUUCCGCGAUUAGUGUCGUGCAAAAUCUCCGAUCAACCUGUACCCCCCAGUGAUCUGACCGCGAGAAAAAAUGUCCUCGGUCAGCGAAUACGACGUGUUGGUGUUUGGAUCGUGCAUUGUGGAUUUUAUAAGCUACGUGCCGCGGUUGCCGCGAAACGGCGAAACGCUACACGGAACACGGUUUGCAACGGGAAACGGUGGCAAGGGAGCGAACCAGUGUGUGGCCGCAGCAAGACUCGGUAGCCGGACGGCCAUCAUCGCCAAGCUGGGUGAUGAUGCUUGGGGUCGCGCCUAUCGCGACGGCCUCGCCGCCGAAGGGAUCAACGUAAGCGAGGUCACUAUCGUGCCAGGCGAAAGCACCGGAAUUGCACAGAUCAACGUAGCCGAUGGUGGAGACAAUCAGAUCGUCAUCGUAACCGGAGCGAACAAACGACUGAAUGCGGCGGAUGCCGAGUCACGGCAUGCUCUGUUGCAACGAGCUCGCAUACUGAUUUGCCAGCUCGAGACACCGCUCGAGGGAACGAUCGCGGCCUUACGUGCUUUUAACGGCAUCUCGAUCCUCAAUGCAGCACCGGCAGAGGAGCAUCUGCCCGAUCCGCUCCUCUCACUGCCGACGAUUUUCUGUGUCAACGAAACCGAAGCCGCACUGCUGACAGGGAUCCCGGAGAUUAACGAUAUCCCACAAGCGAAGACGGCACUGCUCCGACUCCGCGAACUAGGAUGCCGGACGGUGAUCAUAACGUUGGGUGAGAAAGGGGCCGUUUUCGCGGAAAACGGCAGCACCACGGUGUACCAUGUGCGACCGAGCAAAGUGGACAAGGUGAUCGAUACGACGGGAGCCGGAGAUGCGUUCAUCGGUGCUCUGGCUCACUUUAUGGGCCAGCAUCCGGAUGCAGCGCUGGGUAACUGCAUUGCCGCGGCGAACCAUGUUGCCGCCUUGUCCGUUCAGAAACCCGGAACGCAGAGCAGCUUUCCACGUGCGGGUGAUCUGCAGCUUCCGUUGGACGAUUUGAAAGCACUGCAGGACCGUUGGGACAGCGUGUAGAGGCGAGAUGUUGUGAGACGGAUGUAACUAACGCCUCAUGCACCGUGGUCAGUGGUUUUCAGUAGCAUUUUAUUACAAUUAUUUCAAUUUUCAAAGAAUGCAGCAGCAAUAAAGUGUCCCCUUAACACAAA